AUGGCUGAUCCCAUCGCUGUUAACUUCAGGCGAGCGCGCUUUCCCAACACACCACCAGCGCAGUUACUCACGGUUAUUGUGUCGUACAGACGAGGAUGUGCUCCGCUCGCCCUUUUGGCGGUCAGCCCCACAGCGCGACGGGCGGUGGAAGAGACCGGAUGCGCAAUUGGUGGACUUCGUGUCAUCCAUAAAAACAAUGACGUAAAGAAAUGUGAUGAUGUGCGUUUUGUAGCCCCGGAAGAAUUGGAGUUGGCCGCAAGUAACAAGCAAAGUCUCCAGUCUGCGGUAUUUGGGUUGUGGUGGUACAAACGCUACCCGUUCACAUCACUUGUGGUCGAUCACGCAGGAAAGGAGAACAUGCCUCUUAUAAUCCGACUCAAAAAGGCACUGAACAUUAAGAAGAUGGUAAUACUCAAGUCUGCGGUAACAAAUGAAAUGAUGCACAUCGUUUCUAUGGCCCGUGAUCUUGAGUCACUAACAGUACGCAACUGCUUUAGUGAGUCAGAGGCGAGCCUGUGCAGUGUGACGUCCAUUCUCAACAGCCGUGCAACGAACAGGCGAGAUGCGAGAACGUUUUAUCUAUCCGGUGUAACAAGUUUGGGGGUUUUAAGGUGCCUACGAAGCCUCACCUUGUUCGCAACACCGCUCAGUAAUCAAAUCAUGUCGUACUUUUGCGAAUGCACAAAUUUGGAACGAGUUGUAGUGGAUUCGUGUUGCGGUUUGGUCUCAUUGGAGUGUUUUGCUGCUUUACAGCGGCUGACACAUCUAUCUGUAUUAAAUUGUACCAUAACCGACGAAGGGUUACCGCCAAUUAGCAAGUGUUUUUCACUGCAAUAUGUGAUGCUUGACAACUGUAUGAAACUGAGGAGUCUGAACUGUCUUGGGUCGUUGCGGAACUUGCGAACGCUAAUAGUUUCGCGCAACAGGAUACCUGAAGAGGGUGUUCAGGGUCUACGAAAGCUACGCGACUUGGAGGUCCUGCGAUUUUCUGUCUUUAAUCGUCCCACCGCCGUCGAGUUUAUUUCGAGCCUUGGAAGUUUGGUUGAACUUGAUCUGAGGGAUAACUGGGUAGGGGACGCAGGUUGCGCCUCUUUCGUUCAUUGCAGGCAGCUCCAGCAACUGAAACUUUCCUGCUGCCGCCGCGUAUCGGAUGUGCGGUGGCUGGCUGCGCUAACCUGCCUGCGCACGUUGGAUCUCUCGCACACAAACGUGAGGAGUCGCUGGCUCGAGUCGCUGAGAGCGUGUCGUUAUCUUGUGGAGCUGAAUGUCGCCUACUGUAGGGAUGUAGUGGAAGUUUCGUUUCUUAGUGAGUUGCGUUUGCUGAAGCACUUGGACCUAAGUGGAACGGAUAUUGGAGAGCAGAAUCUGGACCCCAUUGGACGGUGUGAGGGGCUUACGUUCUUGUUGUUAAAAGAUUGUAGUUCCGUGAAAGAUUUGCACUUCUUGGAGACACUGCGGGAGUUAGUGAAACUUGACACAGAAAGGACGGGAAUUAUGGACGCAAACGUCUGCCAAGUGGUAGCGUGCAAAAAACUUGAAUUUUUGUCUUUCCGCUACUGCCACCUACUGACGGACGUGAAGUGCUUGGAGGGGCUGAGGAAUUUGAAGACGCUGGACCUUGCGGGUACCAACGUGACAAACGAGGGAAUCUCCUCCCUCCCGAAGUGUGUGUCGCUAGAGUACGUUGACGUGAGCGAGUGCUGUUUAAUCACACACCUCGAGUUUCUGCGGCCACUCCCCAAUUUGCAGCAAGUUGUUGCUGACCAAAUGAAUUUGACGGAUAUCGGUGGGUUGACUGGCGCUCCUUCCUUGAGAAGAGUGACCCUAAAUGAGUCGAAGCGAUUGGGGACGGUGGGCGAGGUGCGAUUGCCGUACCUGCAGGAACUGUCACUGAGGAAGAGCACUAUUUCCAACGCCGGCAUUCGCAGUCUUCUGGCAUCGUGCCGCUCUUUGCAGCACCUCGACAUGCAACACUGUCAUUCCGUCACCGAACUUAGUGCUCUUUCCCAAUUGCCCAACCUCAGAGAACUCCUGCUGAGAAACAUAAGAGUGACGGGUGAGUUCAUGACUCACAUCGCCUCGUGUGUGAAUUUGAGAAAGCUCCAAAUGACUGAAUGCGCUGAUAUAACGGACGUGAAUUGCUUGAGCGCACUGCAGUCACUGGAGGAUAUCGACCUUUCGAGAACAAGUGUAACAACAGAAGGUAUUAAAGGUCUUUCCAAAUGUUACGCGUUAAGGAAGUUGAACUUGAGUGAGUGUCGUUACGUUACCAACGUCAACUGUCUAGGAAAGCUACCCUUUCUUCGGGAACUCCAUUUAGAAAAAACAAAUGUUACGGACAAGGGUAUCGCUGGCUUAUCAAAUUGCAUCCAGCUGGAAACUCUAGCGCUUACGAAGUGUAGCCGAAUCACGAAUGUGGAGCGGCUUCAUAGCUCUUUGCCCCAUCUCGAGGAAUUUGAUGUUUACGGCACGUCAGUUGAUAAAUUCCACCGAUGUCUGGGUGGAAGUCAGCGUACGCAGCAUGCUUGCUCAGUUCUUUGA